UGAAUUACUACAACAAACGAAUCGUCUUUAAUGAGUAAACUAAGAAUAAAAAAACAAGCAGUAUGAUUAAAGAAAACAAUCAUUCACAAAUAAAACCAGUAAUUUAUUUGGUAAGCCGGCAUUUUGAAUCUAAUCUAUCAUUCAAUAAUUAAAAAUGAGAUCUUUCUAUAUAACUAACCGACACUUUCUCCAUAUUUCUCCGACGAAACUGUAUCUUCUUCACCAAAAAUUUCAAAGGUUCAGUGCUUAUUAUCGGCAUCCAUGGAUAAUCAGCAACAUAGACGCAUUGUAAUCUGCGGUGGCGGAGUCAUCGGAGUAUGCACCGCUUACUUCUUAUCUAAACGAGGCGUUUCCGUUACUCUCAUUGAAAAAUCGUCAAUCGCCUGCGCUGCUUCGGGAAAAGCCGCCGGAUUUCUCGCUUUAGACUGGGCUGACGGCGGUCCUCUCUCGUCUCUUACACGUGCUAGCUUCAAUCUCCACCGUUCACUCGCUCAGGAUCUGAACGGUGCCGAGUUGUAUUGGUACCGUGCCGUAACCACUCUAAGUCUCACCGUUACUGAAUCAAAAAAUCAAAACCAAUCCCCUGAAAACAUUCCUUCCUGGAUCGACGGUCCGGUUCGAAGUCUCAAAACGAAGGGGACGACGGAGACGACGGCGCAGGUGCACCCGAAGAUGUUCACGGAGACGGUUUUGGCUAAGGCGGUGGCGGACUACGGCGUUGAGGUUGUGAUAGGGAAAGUGGAGAGAGUUGAAGUGGCGGCGGUGGAGGAUGGCGGGAGAGCGGAGGCGGUGGUGCUGGAAGGAGGAAGAAUGAUUAACUGCGACGGUGUGGUUUUGGCGCUGGGGCCGUGGUCGGGGAAAUUUGAAAUGUUGAGUGAGUUGUUUAGGGUUUAUGGGAUAAAGGCUCAUAGUGUGGUGAUGGAGCCUAAAGAGAAAGAUUUGUUAACGGCUCAUGUUUUGUGUUUAAGUAAUUAUGGGAGUGGUUCGAGUGGAGGUGGGAAAAGCAUGGACCCUGAAAUUCAUCCUCGUUCUUCAGGAGAGGUGUACGUGGUUGGAAAGUUAUCAGAGGAGGAAGUGCCAGAGAAUCCAAAGGAGAUUGUUGGUGAUCCAGAGUCAAUAAGAUAUCUAAAGAGGGCUGCCGGAACUGUUUCUAGCCAUUUAACAGAGGGAAAGGCGGAGGUGAAGGCAGAGCAAGCUUGCUUUAUUCCGUGCACGGAUGAUGAUAUCCCCAUAAUAGGGGAGGUUCCAGGGGUGAAGGGGUGCUAUGUAGCUACUGGACAUGGUGGUUGGGGAAUUCUAAAUGGUCCUGCUACCGGGGCCGCGAUGUCUGAGCUUGUUUUAGACGGUAAGUCUACCAUUGUUGAUCUUUCUAAGUUCACCCCUGCUAGAUUUCUUGAUCGUAGAAAUCAAUAAAUGUAAUCUUUGUGUGGAAUACACUUUUUUUUUUGGUAAGCCCAUCCGGUUUUCAAGGCUUCGCCCUGACUAAUCCGGAUCCGACCCGCGUCGCGCACCUGGCAUGGUGGGUGAGUCUGCCAGUGGGAAUUUUCUGCAUUCACAAGAACUCGAACCCGAGACCUUGCUUAAGUGAUACCAAGCCGCUUACCACUUGGACCAACUCCCAUUGGUUGUGUGGAAUACACUUUUGAUUAUGUUUGUGAACGCCUCUAAUAAGCUUUGAAUGAUUUUGGUUUUAUUUCUCCAAUUUUGAGUGUCACACACUUCAAUAUUUAAAUUAUACUACUCAGUUAUUUCUUGUUUA